CCAAUCAUAAUAUGAGUAACUUCCGAAACGAAUAAUGAAUGCGGGUGUAGUGGUAUUGUUAGGAAUAUUGGCUUUAGGUGCUGCGACGAAGACACCGGCAGUACCGGGAAUUAAAUUUAAACAAAAUCCUGCAAUAGACAAUCACAGAUGCGGCGUAUGUCCCACGUACUUUCAGAAGAUAUGCGCGUUUAGCUUCGCCAACAAUGCUACUUACAUAUUCGAUAACCACUGCAUCAUGGAUGUGUACAACUGCAUCGAGGGCACCGAUUUCAUCACAAUAACGUAUGAACACUGCGUGCACUUUGGCAACUUUGCGUACGUACACGGGUAUAAGUACGAAGACGAAGACUAUGGCGAAGACAACAUCAUUAUCAAGAGCUCUGCUAAAAAUCCGCCUUACGUUUAAAAACUUUUACUAAUAAAAC